AUGGUUCGACAUAUCAUCAAUAUUGCCGACAGAUUGGACGGCACCGAGGUGGUUGCUGCAGGCGACCAGGACAAUGACGAGAGCCCCAAAGGAUACACGCAGAACACUUCCGACCAUGUCAAGACACAUCAUCGACCUAUGGGACCAAUGGAGAAAAAAAGAAGGAGCGGCAUCGCUCAGCUGCAGAAUCAGCGUGAAGCUAAGAAAGAGAAGAAGCUCCCCAUAGUGUCUUCUCCGGCCGAGAACCCCGACGAUUUGCGACAAAGACAUGUUGGAAACGAGAGGAACUGA